GGGACCCAGCAACACAGACAGCGCGGUCGGGUUUUGGGGGCAGCCGGCGGGAGGGUUCGGCAACUCCCUGAAGCUGAGGCGUAGCGGAGCGUGGCCGCAGAGAAGAGCAAUUUAAACCUUGCGGACUCUGCCGGGAGUCGGCGGCCGGACGCCAGCAGCUAUAAGAAGUAGACCAAUCACGUGACUUCCUACAGUGCGAGCCAUGGCACUACCGUUCCGGAAGGACUUAGGGGAGUAUAAGGACCUGGAUGAAGAUGAGCUCCUUGGCAAUCUGUCAGAAACAGAGCUGAAACAGCUUGAAACUGUCCUGGAUGAUCUCGACCCCGAGAAUGCCCUUCUGCCUGCAGGGUUUCGGCAAAAGAACCAAACAUCAAAGUCUGCCACAGGGCCCUUCGACAGAGAACGUCUCCUUUCUUAUCUAGAGAAGGAAGCAUUGGAGCAUAAAGACCGGGAAGACUAUGUGCCCUACACUGGAGAGAAGAAAGGGAAAAUUUUUAUCCCCAAACAGAAACCUGUGCAGACUUUUACAGAAGAUAACAUAUCUCUUGAUCCAGAGUUAGAAGAAGCUUUGACAAGUGCCUCUGAUACGGAACUGUGUGACCUUGCAGCUAUCCUUGGGAUGCACAAUCUGAUUACAAACACUCAGUUCUGUGAUGUGGUGGGAAGCAGUAAUGGUGUCGACCAAGAACAUUUUUCAAAUGUGGUAAAAGGGGAAAAGAUUCUUCCAGUGUUUGAUGAGCCACCAAAUCCAACCAAUGUUGAAGAGAGUUUAAAGAGAAUUAAGGAAAAUGAUGCCCGUCUUGUUGAAGUUAAUUUGAAUAAUAUUAAAAAUAUCCCAAUUCCAACUCUAAAAGAUUUUGCAAAGACUUUGGAAACCAACACACAUGUGAAACAUUUCAGUCUUGCGGCCACCAGGAGCAAUGACCCCGUGGCUGUUGCAUUUGCAGACAUGCUGAAAGUGAACAAAACUUUGAAGAGUUUAAAUAUGGAGUCCAACUUCAUCACAGGCACUGGGGUUUUAGCACUGAUUGAUGCUUUGAGAGACAAUGAGACCCUGACAGAGCUCAAGAUCGACAAUCAGAGACAGCAGUUGGGCACAGCUGUAGAAUUAGAAAUGGCUAAGAUGCUUGAAGAAAAUACGAAUAUCCUUAAAUUUGGGUAUCAGUUUACACAGCAGGGACCCCGAACCAGGGCAGCCAAUGCUAUAACGAAAAACAACGACUUAGUGCGCAAGAGGCGAAUUGAAGGAGACCACCAGUAAGAAUGCCAAGGAAGCCUGCAGAUCACCAGAGGCUCCUGUUGGGACAGCAGAUGUAAAAACUUCCUGGGUAGAAGGGAAAAGACUGGAAAUCUUUUUUUUUAACUAUAUGCAUUAUUUUCCUAGCUUAAGGUAUUAUAUUUGAUUUGUAAAAUCAGUGAUGGGUAGAAUUAUAUUUGUAGCCUUUCUACUGAAAUCAUUUUAAUUUAGCUUAAUUGAAUGGCUUAUAAUUUUUAGAUAAAAAUUUAGAAGUCAUGUAUAUAAGAAUAAUUUUGAACACCUUGAGGACCAAUCUUUUUAAAUCAAAAAGGGACAUUGCUGACUCAGUGUUGCUCCUUACACAUAAAGGAUAAGGCACAUGGCAGUUUCCU